CCAAGCAGUUGGGGAAUAAAAUUAAAUAUAAAAACUAGACACUUGAUCAAAGCAAAUCAUGUUUUAGAUACCAGGAAGGUCUCGCUAAGAAUGUACCAUUAUUGCAGGCCGUUCAUGCCCGAGGUGCACCCCUCCCAAACUGCUGGGGUUUCGUGGAUGGGACGGCGAGGCCCAUCUGCCGCCCUUCCACCAACCAGCGGAUCUACUUUUCUGGACACAAGAGGCUGCACGCAUUGAAGUACCAGUCAAUAAUGUGUGCAAACGGCAUCAUUUGCCAACUUGAUGGUCCCUAUCCGGGACACAGGCAUGACGCUGGCAUUUUGCGCGAAAGUGGCCUCUACGGAAAGUUGGAAAAGCUUGUGCAGGGCCGCUCUUACACCAUCUACGGCGACCCAGCGUACCCAUUACGGCGGCUUCUGAUGAGGGCGUACGGAGGUGCCACCCUCACUCAACAGCAAGUGCUCUUCAACAGUGGCAUGAGUACUGUGCGACAAGCUGUUGAGUGGGGGUUCGGUAAAAUAGUAUCCGAGUUCGCAUUCCUGGACUUCAAGAAAAACCAGAAGCUGUACUUGCAGGAUGUGGGGAGAAUGUAUCGGGUGGGGGCAAUUUUUACUAACUGUCAUACAUGCCUGUACGGUAGCCAGACUGGUAUGUUCUUUGGCCUCCGUGCACCCAACUUGGGGCAAUACUUGAAACCCUCUGUACGGGACAGACACAACCUUUAAGAUAGUCUUGGUACAGUGCUCAGCAAACUUAUAUGAAACACUCAAACUGUGUCUUAUCUCGUAAGAUCAGUGCUCCAUUACAUAGCGCUCAAUAGAACAGCUUGAGCAGGGAAGGUACGCUUGCUCAAGGCCGAAAUUGUAGCUAGGCCAAGGAAAACAACAGUUUUGCUGGCAAUCUACACUUAUCACCACCCUUUCGUAUUAAGGUGCUUAGGUGACUGCCUAAACCGUCGGUGAUUAGAUGACUCAAUCAGUGGGCGUUUCAUGUUUUUACUGAAUGAGCCCUUCAAUAACUGACGAUUUCAGCAGUCACCUUUGGCCGCCACCUGCAUCAAGCAGAAUUGCCAUGUUGUCCCCGGCCCAGCCACCACUUCGACUUUGAGCGAGCAACCUCCCCUGGUUGGGCCAUUCUACUGAGCACUACUUUUGGGGAUUCUACGUGCCAAACCGACAAAGUGUAUCUGGCGUGGCCCAGUGCAGGACUGAGGAUUAAUUUCAUCCAUCUGGAGAUGUUCCGACGUACAAGAGAAAGUUCAAUAUCAUGGCACCUUCUUUGCAAUAAGCCUCCGUCAAACUGCGGGCAGCUCUACAAACAUUCAAACCAACUGGGUAUCCGUAGGCUGGUGCUUUGCCUCCAUGAAACCUUGGCAGUUAGCAUUCUUAUAAGAUAAGACACAGUUUGCAUGUCUCGUAUAGGCUUGGUGGGUCCUGUAAAUUUUCCUAAACGUGGUCUUUCUAGUCUUUUUUAAGUGUUGCACAUUAAGUGCUAUUUCAUGCAGAACUUCUUUAGCUGCUGUCAAGAUAUUGUACAGUUCGCAUGUUCUACAUAAUUUUGGUGACACUGUUUAUUUAUACCAUAAAGUGGCCUUUCUAGUCAUUUUCUGAUUGCCGAGUUAAAAGACGCUGUUAUUUUCUUUUGAACAAGUUUUCUUUGGCUAUAGUAAUCUUUAUUGGAGCUUCCAUUUCUACAUUUGUACUUGCAAGAUGUGUGGAAGAAUAUAAAAAUAUUUAUGUUAUGGUAAUUAAACAAAUAAAAGUGAAAACUCAAAGCCUGCUGUCUAUUUGAACUUAUUAGCAAUCAUUGAUUGCACGAGCUCCAGCAUGGCUUGCUGCUGUGUGAGAAAAAAGUGUCUUUCCUGUGCACGAUCCCUUUCUCUUUCUGCCCUUUCUUGAGCUCUCUCCUC